AUGCCAAUGGAUUUUCUUCAGUUCACCAGUGAAAAAGGGAUCGUAUGCAUUAAAGACCAAUACCAUAACGUCAGAAUCAUCAAUCCUGCAUCAGGUCAACUCAAGAAACUCCCAAGGUUAGAGAUCAAAAUCAUCAAUCCUGAUUUUGAUCGUUUCUUGAUGCGGACCAUGACUCGGAGCUGCUUCUUUGGUUUUCUUGAUGGCACAUACAAAGUCUUGCAAGUGAGUAAAACAACGAAUGGAAUUUCUGGUCACAUAUUUACUUUAGGAGAUAUGUUCUCCACAUCGGGAGAUUCAACAUGGAGAAGAAUAAACUACCAACUAGACAAUGAGGUAGCACUGGAGAGAGACGAAAAGAGCAUUUGUAUUGACGGUGUUAUCUUCUAUUUGGCUAAGAGAGAAGUGGCUCAGAAUGAAAAUACAAGGCUUGUGGUAAGAUUUGAAUUGUUAACUGAGAAAUUUACUCUCAUUGAAGUCCUUGUGGAGAUGAUGAGUGCUUGGUCUAGCUCAGUUCUCGCAAAUGUCCACGGACGCUUAGCUAUUGGCCAAAGCAAAGCAUUCAAACUGGGAAUCACCACAUUGUGGACAUUUAACCAUGAUUCUUCUUCAUGGUCUUCAGAUAUCAUCAAAACUAUGCCUCUCUGUGAAGGAUUCGGGGAUUAUAAAGCCUCUGUUAACUUCAAAGGAGCAACUCCACAUGGGGACUUGCUUUUCUCUGUUAACGUUUGGGGACUUUUCGAAGGGAAGCAAUAUAAUUCUUGUAACGACUGCGAACCAAAUUUCGUGAUUUUUGGUCGUGCGUCGAUCGACGUAAGGUGUGUGCGUCGAUCGACGUAA